ACUUGAAACAUGUAUGGUGCGUUUUGCAUAUACGUCGUUCUACAGUUCGCGAGUGUGCGGAGUCAGAUGUGCGCCAAUGUGGCUAUAUUUCAAAAUGAUGUUAAACAAAAUGUUAAAAUUGCUGGAUCGCCAAUUUGGCAAUUUCAAGACCUAGGAUUAGUUCAGUGUAUGACCAAAUGCCUUCAGUUCAGUCUAUGCAAAUCGGUCAAUUUUAAUACCCAGUCUUUUGUCUGUCAUUUAAUGGAUAAUGACAACAGUUCGUAUAUCACGGAUAACAAUUCUGUUUUCAGCGCGUCCGAAAAUUGGCCAAAGUUGAAUUUGGCGGGGGCAUGUUUUAAUCACGAGUGUCCAGAUAACAGUCGAUGUGACGUCAACGAUUUUAAUGACGUAGAAUGUGUUGUGCUUGGCUGUGUUGGCGUACCAAACGUAACAGCCGUUAAUCGGACCGUCUUUUUAAGCAAGAAUUUGUGGUUAAUAGGAGAUGUUAUCCAGUCACCAUGUUUGUAUGGAUCUUCAGCACCUGCAAAUUGUUUUCCAAAUGGAACCUGGUCGUAUUUUGUUUGUCAGGAAGUUUCAAUCAAAGAUUGUGCCGAUGCUUUUGCUAAUAAUCUACUAACGGCCACGAAAAUAGUUUACGUCGAUGUCGAUGGCUCAGGUUUAUUAUCAAAAAUUGAAGUAAAUUGUGACGAUGCAGUAACUGUAAUAGAUCAUGAUGGUAUGAACAGAACAUUCGUGGAUGGCUAUGAUCCCGCUUAUUCCUACAGAUUAGAUCUUAAUUACAGUCCAUCUUUAGACCAUAUUCUAGCUCUAAUCCAGAACUCCGAUUAUUGUGAACAGUUUGUUAAAUACGAAUGUCAUCAUGCUGAAAUCGACGGUUACACCGGUUGGGUAACACGUAAUGAUGCAAUCGUUACUUAUCUUGCUGGCGAUGGAACAAUCCCAAACGCGUGUGCCUGUCACUUGACGAAUUCAUGCACUGACACAAGUUUCAAAUGCAAUUGUGACAUUAAUGAUGCAAAUUGGCGGGAAGACGCUGGAGUUAUAACCAGCCGAGAUGACUUGCCGAUGAAAGCUUUUGUAGCCGGAGAUACAGGAGGUAUAACCGAAGAAGCAUACGUUACAAUUGGGCCUCUACGAUGUUGGAGAUAAAAUCAACAAAUCAUUUUUAAUUGGGUCGGAUUGGACGAGGGGGGGGGGGCACUGCUGAGACAUACAUUACAAAAUAACGGUUUGGGUGUAUCUCUGAGUUUUAUAUUUCUUGUUUUAGGGUUGAUGUGCUAGUGUUCCUUAAAAAAAACAAUAUUGUUAUUAAUGUAUCAGAAACAACCACCAACUACAACGUGGCCGAAUGGUUAGCGCGUGUGCGCUGUAUCAUACGGUCUGUCAUUAAGUCAAGUGGCGUGGUUUCGAUUCCCCGGUUGUAAAUGACAAGGGAGUAUGGUCGCCUGUCCAACCUCAUGGGUUUUCUACGGGUCAUCCGGUUUCCUCCCGAAAGACCCUAGUUUGUGUCGAGUGGACGUUAAACCUAUUCCACUCUCUCACUCUCUCUCUCCCUCUCUCUCUCUCCCCGGUUUCCCCGCAAGCGAAUUAUUGACAUUUAACUGAACAAUAUGUUAGUCUCUCUCUCUCACAAACCUCCAAUAAGGGCCUGUUUAAAGUUGUUACGGCAGUUUAAUUGUUAAAAUUUCUAAGUUAAUAUUAAUAUGGUUAGAAGAUGAUCUGUGUCGGAAAAAAAUUCUGGUUUAUAUAGACUUAAAUUUACUGCUUUAAAUUGGAGGAUAUUGCACUAAAUACCAGAGCUUAAACUGUUGGAAUUUCUAAAGUAAUAUACAUAAUCAACAAUUAGUAGCCUAUGAUUAAAAAUUGAUUGACGACGACAAAUUAUUCUGGUAUACAUAGACAUAUUACUGCUUUAAUCCACAAUUAAUCCUACAAUUCAUUCGACAAACCUCAGCAGACUACAGGACCAUGCAUCUAUCCUCCGCUGUAUAACGAAUUCCCUCCACUGGAACUAUUUUCAAGUUCCUGGAUUACAAAUGGCGGCGCCCAUGAAGACGUCUGUAAAGAGUGUUUAUCAUAAAAAGUUUAUCCGAUUUUCUUUAAAUAAAGGACAACUUUGUAAUGAAAACCAUGCACUCUCUUCGAACGAUGCCAAUUUUAGUACCUUCUCUACAAAGAAAUGAAAUGAAAUGGGGUUUAACGUCCUACUGUUCUGCUCCUAACCUGGGCUAAUGAAGACGAUUCUCUCUAAAGGGAUCGCCGCUUCGCAAUUAUAUGGGUGUUGGUAGAUAUCACCGUCAUACAGCCGAGGCUAGUUGUAGGGUACCGGAAUCUGUCGAGGUUUACCGAGUGUCAGCCGAGGCUACUUGUAGGGUACCGGAAUCUGUCUAGGUUUACCGAGUGUCAGCCGAGGCUACUUGUAGGGUAUCGGAAUCUGUCGAAGUUUGCCGAGUGUCCUACAAUUGUAUAUUUGUCACUCGUGUAUUAAAUUAUUUAGCUAGUGAGAUAUCAGUGCCGGAUUUACCUAUAGACUUGGCAUGCUGAAACCUAGGGUCUUACGACCAAAGAUUCAUCUAUAUACUUGGCAUGUUUAAGAUCAAAUAUUUACCUACAGACCUGUCAGACUGAAACCUAGCACGAAAAGAUCAAGGGAUUACCUGUAAACCUGGAAGACUGAAGUCCAAUACCUUAAGAUCUAGGAUAGACCUGGCAGGCUGAAACCCAGGACCUCAAGAUGCAAGAUUUCCCUAUUGGCCUGGCUAAAACCUGUGGCCUCAAGAUCUAAAAGGCCUCUGGCCAAGGCGUAUAGUAUGUUUGGCGCUUUCAUAAUAAGCCGUUCUUCCACGCACUAUAGUCAUAAAAUGUCGUCAUUAUCCCCAGUGCUUUAGUCCCGAAAUGACCUAGUUUGUGUCGAGUGGACGUUAAACCCCAUUUCUCUCUCUUUAUUGCCGGUGUUGCCUAAUUAUAGUUAAGUUUGGUACGUAAUCACAUAAAGCAUUCACGAUAUCGUUAUGAACUGAGCAUACCACUUGUCGUGUUUUGACAGUGUACCUACGGUAGUAGCAGUAGUUUGUAAACUGAAUUCAGAUCAUGAAAACAAACACCAG